AUGGCCGAGCUCAAAGCGCUGGGCGGCGAGUCCUACCUGGCCCUGGCGCAGAGUUACCCCCAGACGGCUUUCGCCUUCGGCGCCGUGCGGGGCGCGGGCGAAGCGGGGCGCGGCUACCCCGGGGGCGCGGGCGGGCUGGCCUUCCCGGCGGCGCAGCUGGGCAAGGCGGCGGAGAGCAGCGGCGAGCAGAGCGGCGACGAGGACGAGGCUUUCGAGGGCUCCAAGGCCGGCAGCCCGGCCUUCGAGCGCGGCGGCGGCGGCGAGGCCAAGCUGAAGGCGGGCGUCGGGGGCGCCCUCGGGGCCAAGAAGCCCAAGGAGCAGCGCUCGCUGCGGCUCAGCAUCAACGCCCGCGAGCGGCGGCGGAUGCACGACCUGAACGACGCGCUGGACGGCCUGCGCUCCGUCAUCCCUUACGCGCACAGCCCGUCGGUGCGCAAGCUCUCCAAGAUCGCCACGCUGCUCCUGGCCAAGAACUACAUCCUGAUGCAGGCGCAGGCCUUGGAGGAGAUGCGGCGCCUGGUGGCCUACCUCAACCAGGGCCAGACGCUCGGCGCCUCCAUCCCGCCUGCCUUGGCCCCCUUCGGACAAUCGGCCGCCGUCUACCCAUUCACGGGCGCCGCCUUGCCGAACUGCCCCGAGAAAUGUACUGCCUUCGCCGGGGCAACCUCGGGCCUUUGCAAACACUGCAGCGAAAAGCCCUGA